ACGGAUAUGAGUGAGUUUUUCAGCCUUCAUGCAAAACAACCAUCUAAACAUAACAGAUGACAUCAGCUUGGGCUUUUCAAUUCCUGGAUGGCAGCAGCGUGUUAAUCCAGCCUUCAUCCUGGAUUUCAUAAACUAAAACAAGAGAGGCUGGCAGGAGGACAGCGCUGCCGCUGGGCUGAGGAAAUUGAUGACGGGGAAGCAUACAGGCAACCCAGUGUAUAAAACUGAUAAACGUGUAGGCAGAGAGGCUCAGCUACCACUUUGGACGGCUGCUUCCCACAGUGAAGACCACAACACUGGGAGCUGAACCUGAGCCAGCUGGGAAACAUGAAGAGCCUCUUGCUGCUGACCACACUCCUUGUACCUGCACACCUGGCCAUGGCCUGGAGCACCAAGUAUGCAGUGGAUUGCCCAGAGCACUGUGACAGUAGUGAGUGCAGAAGCAACCAGCGCUGCAAAAGGACAGUGCUGGAUGACUGUGGCUGCUGCCAGGUGUGCGCUGCAGGGCUGGGAGAAACUUGCUACCGCACAGUCUCAGGCAUGGAUGGCAUGAAAUGUGGCCCAGGGCUGAGGUGUCAAUUUUACAGUGAGGAAGAUGAUUUUGGUGACGAGUUUGGUAUCUGCAAAGACUGCCCCUUCGGUACUUUCGGGAUGGAAUGCAAAGAGACUUGCGACUGCCAGUCAGGCGUGUGUGACAGAGUGACGGGCAAGUGUCUGACAUUUCCCUUCUUCCAAUAUUCAGCAGCGACAUCUUCCACCAGAUUUGUUUCUCACACAGAUCAUGACAUGGCAUCUGGAGAUGGAAAUUCUGUGACAGAAGAGAUUGUGAAAAAGAAUGCUGCUCAGUCUCCUGUAAUGAAAUGGUUGAAUCCACGCUGAUCCUGGGUGGGAUUUCCAAGGGAAGGCUCUGUCUUAGUGAUUGUUCAGUACCCAGCCAAUAUUUUAAGAACUAUCUAGAUUAUAGCAUAUGGGUGCGUAAUUUUUGGAGGUCAAGUAUGACUUGGGUGGGUCCAGUCACAGGAAGUCGACUACUUAAAAUCCAUAAAAUUGCAUAUGGCCAAUAAUGGUAGGGGUGAGGGUGAAGCAUUAUAAUAUUUGGAUCAUCCUUGUGGAAGCUUCAAUAGAAUUUAAUUAUUGAUAUUAUUAUUUACUUUGGGAAAAGUUAAAACCCAAACCAGAAACCCCCUGAGGAAGUGGGAUGCUUGAAACCUGUGGGAUUUGAGCAACAACUUUGAACUGAGGUCAGUUUUAAAGGGCUGCUAAUGUAGUUCUCAGGUCCCUUGAUAUGAUAGAUGGAUCUAAGGCAGAGAGCAAACAUACACUUCUGUAAGAGAUUUGAAGAAUACCACCUCUGAGAUAUAGCUAACUGGCCUCUGCCUACUGAGGGAUGGGGAGGGGUGGAGGUAAAUAUUUAUAUAUUUUUAUUAAAAAUAUGUUAGUACAAGUCAUCUUCCAUACCUUUGUUAUCACUCGUUUGAGGAAAUGAACUUAGUUUUUUAAAUGAUUAGAAAGGCAUAACUGUAUAUGACUUUCAAACACUGUAUUAUAGUAAUAUUAGCAACAACAAACAUAAGAGCAACCUAGAAAAAUUUAAUCACUGUGGGUUUAUAAAAUACCAAAAAAUAAGCAAUAGAGGGAAUUUACUCAGAAAAAUGCCAUGACAUGGAUAAAAUUUAAAUUUAAAGUACAGAAUAAAUUUUUAAGAGGUUUGGAAAAGAGUCAGUUUCCAACAGGAAAGAAACAUGCCAACUUUAAAAUGUGGUUUAUUUUCAUAUUUUUUUCUUUCAAACUUGAUUGAUAAGUGGAAUUAAGACUAUGCUUGGGAGGAUUUUAGCCCAAACAGAAAUGGUGUACUACAUGCUAUUAGGAAAUACUUGCAGAAGUAUUCUAUUUGGAACGAAGAACUUAUUUAAGAAUUACUUCAGCAUUUACCUAUAUUUUAUUCUUGAAGUUUGUGAAUGUAUGUGUGGGAGGAUCUUUGAAUGUAUGCACAAUAAGCUUUUAAAAGGAGAAAUUUAUUACCGUUUAAUAAAAAGUAAG